AUGCGUCGUUGUUGUCCCGCUUCUUCAUGGGUUCGAGGGUUUGUUCGUGGCGGCACCAAGGAUGCACGUUCCACGUUUGGCUUCGAAGUGCCGAGCGUCACUGCCAGGGAGGGUGGAUCUGAGGUGAGCUUCCAAAAUGUUGCUGCCGAGCAUUGGGAAGCUGCAAGGAAACAGUGGAUCUCAGCACGCGCUUCAGCUGCUGGUGGGGCGUUUGCUGCAUGGUCCCUGCACCUUCCUCCAGCUCGCAGCAGCUCCCCACGCCGACGCUUGUACGCUGAGACCGUGAGCGAAAGCUCUAUGGCACGAUUGUUCAAGGGGGUGCAGUCGCACCUGGACACGGCGUCACUCAGGGACGAGGCACCAAGCCAUGAGUCCAGCAUCUUACGUCACAUCGAUUUGACGACUGACCACGUUCCUGCAGGCCGAGCUUCGAAUUCCCUUGCGCCUGGUGGUGGCCGCCGCCGAGCGACGCUGGGCGACGGAGGCAACCAUGUCCUCUUCUCCUACUUUAUCUCUUUCCAGUCAGGCUUUCCCAAGAUGGACCCUGAGGAGACCAAGGGAAAGACCAAGUCGACGAAGGUCUGGAAAGUAUGCUACUGCGCUGGCUUUGAUUUCGACAAUGGUGCUGCAGAUGGAGGUGUCGUCACAGUCUGCUCCAAUAAUGCUCCGCAGGAUUUUCCGCAGGAGAUCGGGUUGAUGAUUGUGAUCAAUGUUCAGUCCUUGAUGGGACAGGCAGGAAGUACCGACAUCACCGUGUAUCCCACUUUGCGAUUUGGUUUGGUUAUCAAUUGCGGGCAUGACGGUGUUCAGAACAGAGAGCCCGACUCUGUCUCGGGCGGAUGCACGACCACCGACACCGCAAGAUACAAGAUCAUCCGCUUCUCUUCGGAGAGCUACAAGCCCUACUACGAUCCAGAUGCGGGAUGCCGAUUUCUCCCACAGGCGUCGACAGUACUGGAUGGUGCCAAGGUCCUGGGAGGGCACCUCGGUCCGGCGAAUUGUGAGGGACCUUCCACUUGCAACGACAUUCCGGAGGAAGUCAUGAGUGGAAAAGCCCCCACAUUUCUUGAUGUGCAAAUCGAUGCCAGCUACGAAAACCGUGUGAUGGUUGCAGCGACAUACGAUGUUUGCUACUGCGACGAGAACUGCCUCAACAGCGCAUACUGGUUCAAGGCUGGCACGCUGGACGUGGAGCCUGUUGAUAGCCAUUUUACCAUUGACUAUACAACAGGCUCGUACGGGGAGCUCCCAGCCAUUGUCAAUACAGGCCGCUUGCUGGUAAUCCUCGGAAAGGGCACCGAUGCGUCGCCAGUGCAGGGCAGCUGGACUGGUGGCACCGAUGCAAAGACAAGGGAGAUGAAGUUUCUGAGGGAUGAUGAUGGGAACGUGGACAAGGACUCCUGCCUCAACACAGAGCAACCUCUCGGCAUCUCCGGACACCGCCUGAUAAGCGGCAACACAGACUACACGCAGCCCGAGACAAUUCUGGAGGCUCUAGAUCCUGGCCGCCCUCGUGGACAGCUGUAUGGAUUGGUGUGCAAUACGGCCGACCCGCCAGUCUGUGCCGCCAAUAUCCGCAUCUCAGUGCCUGGAUGGUAUGCUGUGUGCUACUGCGACUCCAACUGCAACGAAGUCAGCAAUUGGGCGGUGUUUGGACGUGAGCUGGUUGCGGGACCUUUGGCAAGGCAGACUUGGACCAGGUAUACAGGAGUCACCUUCAGCAUUGACGUGGAGGGCUUCGACCUGAAGGACACCAACCGAGCCUUGAUCUUGAGUACCUCCCAGCAGCCACAGGAUUGUGGAAAUGUCGCUCCAACCGCAAACGCAUUUGGUCCGGUGGGUCAGGCGAGCCUUCACACUCGAGAAACCACAAACUCCAGGAUGACUACCAUGGUCUGGUCUGACAUGGGCACUGAGAUCUCCUUUGACAGGAGCCAUGGCCUCAAGGAUGGUGACCGUGUCCGGCUGUCAGGAGUCAACCCUGAUCCGAGCGACAACAGCCUCGCUGCGCGAAACUUGGCGCUCAAGCGCGCAGAUAUGUACAACACUGUGCAUGAGGUGUUCGUAUCGUGUGAUGAUGAUGUGACUUCGUGCUGGAAGAUACUGGUCCCGAUCAGAUUCGCAGCUGCCGAGUUUCCCAACAUUCCCAAUGUCCCGAGUGUGGCUUGGUCUCGCACGUCGAAAGAGACGUUUACGAGAAUCAAGGUGGCGGACGGCGCACAGUCACCUGAAGGGCGAGGCUAUGUGGUUUGCUGGUGCAACGAGUGCGGCUUGGCGGCCACGGACUUCGGAAGCUAUGUGGGCCAGGCUGGCUCAAUCACGGUCAAGAUGCCGAACUCCAUGCCGGAGGCGUACUUGGGCUUGACUACGAUCAUGCCUGACCAAUCGCCUGGGUCAACAGCUCCUGGUAGUCCGGUUGCCAUCGCAUUUGUGACCGGAGAUGUUGCGCACUACGCAACUGCAACUGGUCAGCAGCACCUGGUCUUUGAGAUCAUGCCAGGGCUGGAUGAAGCGGCUGGAGUGGUCAGAGAUGUGCUGCUUCCACGAACCAACCUUCUGGAGCCUCUCGUCGCGUCUGCUGACACUGACGAGCCAGCAGAGGCUCGCCAAGACUUUUGCGGAAAGAUCUUUGUCGAGUUGUGGUCAGAGGAUCCUGAUGGCUUUCCGAUGCCGGACGGUUGCUACUACAGCGAGGAUAACACGGAUCCAAGCAUGAUUGUGAAGCAGCUGCACAUUCUUUUCAGCGAGCGCAACCAUUUGAAGAAAAACACCAGGUACAUGGCUAUCACCAACAUGAACAUCCUCGGGGAGUUGAAGUUUGAUUUUCCACCCAGUGGUGCCGUUUGGGUCUGGUCCAUGGAUGAUGCAUUCAACAACCCGUUUGGUGUGAUCGAGAAGGGUGCCGCUUAUCCGUCUCCAGAGACCCGAGUUCCGCCCAGAGACACGCUGGGAGUACCGCAAUUCAGCCAAGUGGGUGAUCCUCGCUUUCAUGAUGAGGGUACGCCUGCAACGGGAUUCCGACUGCUUGGAACAAACGGAGCGCUAAUUGAGGAGAUGUUGACCUUCUGCAUACCCCAUGAUGAGAAGAAUCCCAGCGUGUCACCCACCAUAGACAACCAGUGCAAAGUCUGCUUCAGCGAAGAGGAGUGCGGAAAUGGUGGUAACGGCGUGCCGCCCGAUCCAUCACUGAGCUUCUGCAGAUCUCCGAUUGACUUGAAGUGCCCGCAAGCGAAUGGCAACUUGCUGAAUGUGCGGGCAUUUGCCUUCGAACUGAAGGCAAGACUUGGCUAUCCGAUCAAGCCGCAGUCCAUACUCCGCCUCUGGCUGCAUCCGCUGACUCAGUGGAACAUCGGUCCAUCCUGCCAGGUGGGCUUCUUUGCCAACGCAUGCACACCUCCAGCUGUUGGGGGAACUUGUUCCAGCCCUAUCUGCCAGCCGGAGUCUGUGGUCGGUGGAACGGUGGUAGGCAUUGCCUCCUGGCCGGUCAACACGUUGAAGAUCGUUCUGCCAAACAUCAUGGCUGACGUCACGAACUUGGUCCCGAUGGCUAUGGAGAUUGGAAACUUGCCGUUGCCCGCGGGCGGCUUCUUCCCAUCAGUGGUCACCGCUGAGAUCACGAAAGAUGACGGGUUUGCCCCUGACUAUUGGGACAUCCCAAAGGCCCUUGCAGUCGCAACGGUUCAGGGUGGAGGUGCACGCCUCUACAAGAAGCCGGAAAUUCUGGCAGCAGCGCUUGUGUCAAAGGUUGGUGAUGGGAACCAGGCACCUUUCAAGGGCGACACUGGCAACAGGAUUUAUGCACGCAUAGCUUUCGGAACGACCUUUCAUGGCUUUGGCAAUUUGGUCGAGAUCCAGUUCAAGCUUCCAGUGGGUUAUGCGUGCGCAAUGAGCCAGCAGGGUGGCACCGUACCCGAUUUGCAGCUUCUGGCAAGCAAGUUCCCAUCCACAAAAGGUCGGUUGGGUGGCAAACUCACCGAAGUUCGAUACCGCAACAUCCCAGCGACUCCCAAUGUUAUGUGUCAGCUCACUCUGCUGCAGGACAUGAUCGUCUAUGCCAGAAGCGUUUACUUCGUGGAGCUGGUUGUAGACAAUCCAUCUGCAGCUCUCAAGAGGGAUGACCCGACCAACAUGUGGUCCGUGGGAGUUGUCCACAAUGGCUUCAAUCCAGCUGAAACCAUCCAGGACAAACUUUUGUCGACCCAGCAGCUGUCGUUCUGUCCUGCUCCACGAAGUACGUUGCUCUGCUUGGAAGAUCUGGGGAUGGACUAUGCCGGCUCGAUCUCGGUACUUGGAAAGCUGACAGACUUCUUCAUCGCGCCAUCCCAGUACGGUGUGGGACAGCUGAAUACUCUGUCCGUUUUCUUCAUGACGGAACAAGAGGUAGGCUCAUUGACCAGCGUGGAGACAGAGAUCUGGGUUGAUGCGCCAUCUGGUUUUGAUUUCGGUCAGUAUUGCUCAGUCUCCACGCUUGAUCCCAUCUACUACAUUCCUGAAGGUCGUGGCACUUCGCCACUUCCAACCGGACAGCUCAUUCCCUGUGUGGGAGCGCCAACUUCGGAUUCGGAGCUGACCUACAACCGCGCCAAGAUCUCGACCACCGGCCGGCUGUUGAGGGCGACCUUCUAUGGUUUUGGCGUCCAAGUCAAAAAUGCUGACAUCUACGUCCGAACUCAGCUCAACGAGUGGCGUCUCUGGACCUACGUGAAGGCCACCGGCUAUGGAGUUGAUGGUACCUAUGAGACAGCUCGGGUCAACGAGCGUGUGCCAGCGGGACCAGACACCAGCUGGGGCAUGUACCUCCAGAGCAUGCCGCUUGAGAACUUUCAAGUGGCCUUCUCCACAUCGCGACCCACGGUGUCAGGGGUUCCUCCCGCUGACAUCACCGUCCUUCCCAUCAUCGUUACGUUUCCCACGACCCGGGCCAUCCGAGUCACGGCACCUGCGGGCUACGAGUGGGACUUUGAGCAGGUGGACUUCCGGUACCAAGCCCCAGGUGUGGGAGUGAAUCCGCUCAAUGUGGUGGAUGGUGCAGAGGCUGACAUUCCAAUCAGCGGUAAGCCCGCACGUCCCAACUCAGAGCCGAAGAACGUCCUAACGAUGGACUAUAUGCAGUUGGCGUGGACGCCUGGCGUGAAGUAUGGCUUCGCCUGCAAGAUCCGGAUUCCUAUGGUUCCUCCGACUGGCUCAGCCAACCAGUUCACCAUUGAGUUUGGAUAUAACGAGGACCUCCUUGCAAACCGCUUGGAGGCAGGCACAGCUGACGCGCCCGUCGUCCAGCGUCUCAUCAAUGGCGAAAUCACCUACACAACAAGCAUUAUGGAUUUGACGGUCGACAUCACCUUUGCUUUGGAAACCAUCACGACCAUCCCGGAAGGCGGAGGGCUUGUGAUCAUCGGGCCUCCGAACUUCCUCUUCCAGCAGUAUUGCCAGCCCAAGCCUGCCACGAGCUUCCCGGAGCUGCCAUAUGACUCGACCUGUCUGUAUUCUCAAAUCACGGCUACUGGUCAGCCAAGGAUCUCCAUCAUUGCUGGUCCGCAAGGGAUUCCUGGCAUGUACUACAAGUUCUCCCUGGCGGCACGCAACCCUCCACAGGCAGUUGCCCUGGUAGAUGCUGGCGUGUGGACGCUGCUGUCGUACAGCCUGAUCAGCGAAGAGAUUGUGCUGGACCAGAACACGACCAUUCCAGGCUAUGCGGUGGCACGGCCCAUGGUGUCAGCGUCGCUGGUCAUGCAUCCCCGCGUUGACUGUACAUUCACCACGCUGGAGGAGCGAGCCAUUGAUGCAACGCUGCCGGAGACGUUCUGUGACUUCGAGCAUUGGCAGUUCUAUCCUCCGAGGGGAUAUCGCGACGACCGACCAAAUAGACCGACACAGCUCAUCUUCAAGAUGCAGCUGGGAGCACAAGUUCAAGACACGGGUGUGCUGACAGUUCGGGCACCCGACGGCUAUGUCUUUGAUGCUGAGUGCCGUGUGGUCACCAAACCCUCCUCGCGAAUUUUCAACGACUCGGCAGUGGACGGAACGUUGCCUGCUGUGCCGAACAACGUCCCUCUUGAUCCAGGACUUCCUUACACAGUCCGAGGGUAUGCUCAGCGAUACAAUACCUGGCCGGAUGCUGUCGACACACUGAGCUGCCUUGGUCGCGGGAAUGAGGCUCGAAUUACGUUCACGGCAGGCCUGGCUCUCUUCAACACCUACCUGUUUCGGCUUUCUGUGCUGCAGAAUCCGCCUGUGACUCCCGAGUAUAACUACUUCCUGUUGGAGUACAACGGCGAGGCAUCGCUGCCCUUCCCCGGAAUAGAUAUUUGGGCGUUUGGCAACACGACCAUCGUCCCUACCACCACAGCUGCAUCUCGUGCAGACUACUCGACAUCCAACGAGGUGACAAUUCAGCUUCGCCCAGUGAACGUGGUACCAAAUGGAGGUCAUUUGAGGGUGACAGCUCCCAGCGGCUUCCUCGUACCAACGGCUUGCAUCAUGACGCUGAGGGUGCACGAGUCGGAAAUGCCCAACAUCUCAGCAUAUGCUCCGGGCCCUGAACGAGCCCAGCUGUUGCUAUGGGCCGAGUUCUUGCCCUCUCACUUGGUCUGCCAGGGUGACCAAACGCCAUCUAGCCGCGGCAGGCUGCAGCUGACACAAGAGGGCAAGUACAUGAAGAAGGGGGUGCUGUACGUGAUGACGCUUCAGGUCUCCAAUCCGCAGACGACUUCAGCAGUCCCUGAAGAUUGGCACGUGCAAUCGUACGAAGACUUGACCGUCAACAACAUUAUCGACGAGAGCUACAUCCCCGGAUUUAUCAUCAAUACCGCUGUCCAGUCGUUUGCCUACCUGGCCCCCGAGUCCACCAACGCCCUGAUCAAGCAAAGGUUGGACUUCAACAUGUCGUUCCCAGGCAUUGCUGCGAUUGGGGACCGGAUUCAGAUCGUGGCCCCUGUGUCGUACAUGUUCAGCGAACCUGGUGAUCGCCGGUGCCCCCAGUAUAUCUUCCUGGAUGGUGCAAUGACCAAAACGAUACCAAGCUGCAGUGCUAACACGAUCAAUUGGCACCUCAUGGACGAGUCCAUCCCAGCUCUGAGCCCUGUUCGCUUCAUGGUCCAAGUCCAGAAUCCCCCUCGAACACCGACCAUUAACCUGUUCCAAGUACGCCAGCUGGAUGCCAAUGGAACUUUGAAGUCUUCUCGAAUGAUCACGGGCUACGAGAUUGUUCCAGAGCUUGUCAGCCCUAUGGUGAUGCAGGCCCCGGCCAUUUUCCCUUGCCGCAUCGACGUGAACUUGGUAACUGGCUUGCCUUGCGAGGGCACUGGAUCCUUUUCGGCGGCUAUCAUCAGCUUCACUGCCACCCGAAGUGCAGAGCUGGUUUCCAUGCAAGCCCAUGUGAACGGCGAUUCUUAUGACUUCACCAAUGCUCGGUUUGGUGAUGGCAUGGAUGGGCCCAUUGUCGUCUAUGGCAGAAAUGAGAAGAUUGUCGUCAUCGAGAUGAUGGUGCACGAUGGUGUGCAAGCAAGCAUCACUAUUCACAAUGUGCGGAAUCCGAUGACGCCCGGAAUCUCUAAAUGGAGUGUGACAACAUACGUCAAGGGGCCUAUUCCUGGAGUCCCGACGACCACAACAGUCAUGCCAGUUGUGGCGUGCUCUACAAUCGGUGGAAUAUGUGGCAUGUUCCCCCAGCCAGAAGCAAGACGAGACGAGAAGUUGGACCUGGAAUCAAUGGCCGUGCUCGGGUACAUAAGUGCGCUCUCAAACUCCUUCAUCAACCCCAUCUACUAUGGCGUGAAUGAUGCCCUGGUGACAUUCGAGCUGCGCGGGGAAACGCCUCAUGAAGUGAACGACGUCCUUGUUGUGACAAGACCUCCCGGCUACACUUUGCAUGCCGGAGGAUUGAGAGCUCUGAGAUCCGUGAGCUUUGGGGAGAACGGCUUGGACUUUCGGCGCAAGUGGAGUACGGACUUCAACAAUCCGGAGGACUACUACGCCGUUCUGACCCAACCGGUGCCCGCCGGGACCACGAUCCGCUUCCAGCUCGGCGUGGCGUCCCCGCCUCUCGCGGAGAAGGUGAUGAACUGGCAUUUCACGACCUGGCGGGUUGAGCCACUGGUCGAUGAGGAUGGGGCGAUUGUCGAUGCCUCCAUGCCGAUCUAUCCCUGGAUCGGUCGCACAAUCACGGCCACGGGAACCAGUGAUGGCGCUUUCAGCGGCUUCCUGCUAGUGGGGCAGGUGCCUUUUUCGGUGACUCCCUCGUUGCAGACCCCGGGGGCCGAGAUCAAGCUGACAAUCAACUUCGGCGUGGCCGACGGCGUGGAAGCUGAUGAAAGCGUUCGAAUGGAGGUCUCUGCGCCGGACGGCUUUGUCUUUGCCGACUCGUGCCGAUAUGGGGGCAGCCCGAUCUUCUCGAAGUGCACCGGCUUCCUAAACCAGGCAACUUUGGUCACAGCACGGCCAAGGCUGCGUGGCUCGGACAUCACGGUAGACCUGCGAGUCAGCAACCCUGGACUGACGCCAUCGCCGAACUACUUCUACGUGGCACUUUUCCAAGAUGAGAGCACUCAGUACGUACGGUGGUCGCAGACUCUGAGCUAUGAGAUCAUGGGUAUGGGCGUUGUGUACAAAGGAAACAAUCAGCUCGGAGAGGCAGCGUCUGGCUUCUUUACGUUCACCCCGGUGCGGCCUUCCCCUUCUCCUGUGGUGCACAUCGUUGUUACGCCACCGCCCAAUGCAGGUUUCCGUGUGCUGUGCACCGGCAUCAGCCCGCUGGGCUUCGUGUUCAUGCCAAACUGCGAGCAUGGGGGCCUGUCUUGGCUCAAGGAUCCCAGUCUUAGCUUUCCAAAUCCAGAUGUUCAUAGCGACGUGAUGAUAUGGCUGGUCUUCUUGUCCACCGGGGUUACGGUGCUGGCCGAGCGCCCUCAUGUUGAUGCUGAUGGCUUUCGCCAGGUAAGCUUACAGGCAGAUGGGCCUGCUUCCUUUCUGGACCUUUGGAGACGGAGCUCUGCAAAGGAGCAGCAUCAUCACAAGGUGCAGCCGCAAAGCUGGCAACAGGAGGCGAUGACGGGCACUGCGAACGACGAGACGAAGACCGAGAAGGCGACAACGGGCACUGCGAACGACGAGACGAAGACCGAGAAGGAAUCUCCUCCAAACAAGGGAUCAAAUCCAGACGAUCAAGAAAUAUCAGACCCUGCACCACCAAGAGAGGAGGAUGCAGAAAUCCCUGGCUCGCAAACAUGGAAGCAAGCGAAAGAAAUGAACACCUGCGAGUUGAGAGAGGCUUACCCGUGUGGACCAAAGCUGAUUCAUUGCUGCUGCAGGUUCGGCUGCGAGUUUGUCGAAAACAUUGACAAGUGUGACAAGUGCAAGGAUGAUGCUGCCAUCGUCAAGGCAAACAUGAUCCCGGCUUCUCAGCUCUGGGAGAAGAGAGUCAAGGAAGGCAUUUGCAACGCCGCACGGAGUCAUCCAUGUGGACCUGGGUGCUGCUGCAAUGCUGGUUGGUCGUGGAGCAAGGAGCUGCGCAUCUGCCAAAGCGAAGAAGAGAAGGCUGCUGGUAAAGAGAAGGGCAGCGACAAUGGACAGGACAAAAGUGGUGAUUCGAAUGAAUCGCAGUCAGACGAUGACGGAGGUGGAAGUGGCUCUUCAGAGAAGAGUUUCGCCAAAGCAGCUGGAGGUCUUGGAGGAGCACUGGCCAUCUUUCUGUGGGCGCAGGUGCAGGUCUGA